AUGGACCAGUUUAUUCCAAACUUUCGAGAUAAAACGGUGCAAACAGCAGUUUGGCAUUUGGUAGUCUACUCUCUUACUAUUCUGGCAGUUCCUUUGGGAUCUAUGUUUUUGCUGAAGAAGUACUUCUUUGAAAAUUUACCUAUUUAUUUGGGGUUCACGUCCUACGUUAGCCCAGAAAUGCGCUAUUCUUUGCGUUCUCAUUAUUUCCCGUUGGGAAAGGUAGGAGGAUUUCCGUCUUGGUUAAAUCCAGUUGCCCUUCCUACAUCUGACAUGCUUCUGUGUCGAGUCUGUUCUAAACCUAUGGUCUUUCUUAUACAAGUUUAUGCCACUAGCCCUCUAGAUCCAGAUUAUUGCUUUCACCGUACUCUGUUCUUUUUUAUAUGCAAAGAUCCAAAAUGUUGUCAGGCAAACGAUGCAUCUAAUAUACGAGCUUUUCGCUGCCAGUUACCGAGGAGAAAUCCGUUUUAUGCUUUUGAAGCCCUAAAUCUUGAUGUUGGUGACAUUCCGAAUCCUUACGCUCAGCCGUCUUAUCCACAUCUUUGUAUUGUGUGUGGGUGUCUUGCUACUAAGAAGUGUGGUCGCUGUGAAUCAGCCUGGUAUAUUAUUUCACUGAAUUCUAAUCUUCAUUCUGUGAGUUUUGCUAAUUUUAGGUACUGCAGCAAGGAUCAUCAAGCUUUAGACUGGAAGUCAUUUCACAAGAAAAUAUGCAACAAGGAUAAUUUGCAGUCAACAAAUGUCACUGGCACUAACAAUAAUGUUACAGAGGAUAGUAUUAAAGAAUCUCCUCACUCUCACGAAGCUGCAGACGCUUCUGUACUAAAUAAUCACGAUGGGCCUGACAAUGCUUUUUUGUUUGGGGAACACGGCAUUGAAAUGGAAGUUGUCUAUAGCGCUCACGGAGCAAUUGAAGAUGACAGUGAUGUUAGUGAUGAUGAGGAGCCGGAUGAAAACCAAAUGGAGGAAUUUGAAAAGUAUCUUGAGAAACAUCAGGAGAUGGGUACAGAGAAUUAUCCUGGACUUGAAGAAGCCGAAGAAACACUUAUGAGAGAUAGCACGUUCAAGAAUGAAAUACCAUUGCAGAUAAUAGCUUCAAAUCCAGAGCAAAUUCUUCGCUACGACAAAGGUGGACAGCCUCUUUUGGCUACUGAUCACUCUCCUACUCCUGAAGCGGUUCCUAACUGCGCUCUUUGUGGUUCACCAAGGCAGUAUGAAAUGCAGCUUAUGCCUCACCUCCUUUCUGUUAUUGGCGUUGAUUCUGUUGGCGAAAGUAUUGAUUGGGCGACAUUGUUGCUUUUUACUUGUUCGCAGAAUUGUAGGGUUUUAGAUGAUGGAUAUGCGGAAGAGUAUGUUUUCAAGCAAGACUUUCGUUGA